ACGGUGAAGUGUAUGCUAACAAAAGCACACGCCACAUCAACACACUUGCAGAUGAGUCACCCGUAGUUUUUUCUUUGUUAAGAAUGGCCAACGUAGUGUGUCCUGAGGUGGACGUUUAUUGGUCUACCAUCCAUUCAGCUUCUUCCUAUGGAUCAAAUCCAGCGGGCGACGUGGGCCGGGAAUUCAGAUUGCGACCAGGAUAUUCCCAACCUGUUUCAUUUCAGCAGUUAGCUUACAAUGAUACAUAUACUGUCCCCCGCCUACAGAAACGGCGACACGAAACAGAGGAUCCAUUUGAACCAGAUAGUGCACCAGGGGAAAGAGACGAUGGCAUGGAUCAAUGUCCCGCUCCUGAAAGAUCUCGUUAUGGGGUAUCGAAACGUGUCAAAACGACAAUGGCCUCCGAGGUCCUUAGCACUGGAAAGGAAAGUACAGGCAUUCAGGAUGAUAUUGAUGUGGGUGUAUUGCUUGCCGGCUUGCCACCACAUUCUUUAUUGACACUCCUGAAUUCUUUAAUCCACGCAAAGCCGUCGCUGAAAUCAUUUAUGAUGCCCCUCAUACCGCGGCCAACAUUAGACAUGGCUAUCCAAGCUCUAGCGCUAUCGGCGAAGAAGUUAAGGGAUGCUUAUCCUUAUUCUAAUGCAUAUAUAUGUUCCCCCGCUGCUUCGUCAACGACUUCAUUUGGUUUUGCCCCUGGAGGCAGUUACAAUCGUUUCGCUUCGUCCGGCAACUCAGAAGAUGACUUUGCACGACUGGUUUCUCCGCCAAUCAAUCCUUCCAAUAUGCACGGUCGCAGCGGCAUCCGUGAAUCGUAUAUCAUAACUCGAAUACAGCCUCACAUGCAGGAAUUUGUAUCUACAUCCAUGUCCUAUCUCCCUUAUUUUUCCCAUACCAAUGCCUCUCAAAAACCGACUUCUGGACACUCGCAGUCAUCUCCCAGUUCCUCAAUCCUCGAUCCACAUAUUCAAUAUACGUUCAAUGUACAUCCCACAGAAACAUUCGGUUUUCUUUCAGCCCUUACCAACCACUGUAUUUCUCAACCACCACUCACUCGGUCUUAUUUAAUCCCUUUACUUCUUCCUCGCCUGACACACGAAUGGGAAGCUUGGGUUGAUGUGGUAGACGAGAUUGUAAAUGAAAAAGGAGGUAUGUUCGGGCGAGAGACAGUGAGAGGAUGGGAAAGAACGUUAGAUGAGUUGGCUGAAGUGAGAUGGCCAGAGGAGUGUGAUGGGUUUGGAAACGUAAGAGACAAAUGGGUUUCAAAAGUGGGGUGGCUGUUAGGUAAAACGGCUCCAUCGGGGAAGCAGGUUGAUUGUCCUAUCAUAUUGUAGUGAUUAUAUCUUGCUUCAUUAUUAGGUGUCCUCAGAACGUUACACUUGAGACUGAGGAGAAUUUUCACCCUGCAAA